AUGAUCGAUCUCUCAGACGCCGACCCCGAGCACAAGCUCGACGCAUCACCGUCGCCAGGCGACGUCCUCCCAGUGCCAGGCAAGCCCAUCAGAGUAGACUACAAGUCCAAAGACGUCGCCGUGCCGCCCGACUUCCUCGUCGCCGCGCCGCCAGACGCCGCCGGGCCCAUCACCAUCUCGCACGUCGACUGGGCGGCGACCCCGCUGCCCGAGCGCGAGGGCAUGUUCGCCUGCGUGCUCGACAACGUCGCCAGCCCGUCCGAGUGCGCGGCGCUGCUGCGGCUCGCCGAGUCGAGCGUGGCGGCCGACUACGAGGGCAAGAUCCGCGCCGGGGAAAGCUGGCAGCCGGCGCUCGUCAACGUCGGCGGCGGCUGGGAGGUGCUGGAGCCCGAGUACCGCAACAGCGACCGCAUCAUCUGGGACGACCAGGCCGUCGUGGACCGCCUGUGGGAGCGCUGCCUGCGGGCGCCGGGCCUGCGCGAGAGGCUCGCCGUCGUCGACGACGACGACGAGGUCGUGCUGGGCCCGUCGCCGUCGCGGAGGAAGAUGGUGCGGCGGUGGGAGAUGAGGGGCCUCAACAGGAGGAUGCGGUUCCUGAGGUACGGCGCGGAUCAGUUCUUUGCACCACAUUGUGAUGCCGCGUACAGAGAACCUGGAACCGACAAGGUAGUCCAGACGCUCUUCACGGUCCACCUGUAUCUGAACGAUUCGAAGCAGGCUGUCGGUGACAGCGCUGAGCUCGUCGGCGGUGCUACGUCCUUCCUGCCCUCCAACGGGUCGAGGAAGGUGGAUGUUGACCCCAAGGCCGGCCGUGUUCUCAUCUUCCAGCACCGUGGCCUCUAUCACUCUGGCGCAGUCGUUGAGAAGGGGCUCAAGUACACGAUGAGGUCGGACCUCUUGUACGAGCUUGUUGAGAGGGACGGGCAGGAGGAAGAGGCUCAGUAA